GAUUUGUAUUUUUUCUUCAAAAAUACAGAUUUGAAUUUAAAGAUCUGAGAACAGACAUUUUUGCACAGCGUGAUUUUAGAAGUAAAACUUGUUUUUCUAUUCUACUAGCAUUGUUUUUUUUUUUUUUGGUUUACAGAAAUUGACAUUUGGCAUUGUGCAUGGGAACGAGAUUUUUUUUUAAAGACUAAUUGAAAUGUUUUUCAAUUAUUUAUACAUUUUUUUAUUUAAAUGCAUGAUGUGGCUUAGCAUUCAAUUAUUUUUACACUUAAUAUAGGACCUUGUUUCUGUGUAAGGAGCCUUUUUUACGUUUUUAAAAACUAUUUCAACUGUUUCAUUUUUUUUGUUUGUUUGUUUUAAAUUUAAUUGAAUUAAUUCUAGUUUAUUUGUUUUGGAUUUAUUUUGCUCUUCUGUUUAUUUAAUUGUAUAUAUUCUGUAUUUUGUUUCUUUUACAUGUAUUUAAACCACUUUUUAAAAUUUAGUUGUGACUAUUUUUCUUUUUAACUUUGUAGUUUUAUUUUAUUUUUUUAUUAAUUUUGUAGCGCAUAUUACAGCGCACAGGACCGUUUUCUGCGUUAAAAAGCAAUUUACAACCUGCAUUUCUAUUUAUUUUUUAUUUUAAUUUGAUUAUUUGAUUAUUUGCUGGAUAAGCCCCUCAGCGCGCGCUGCCUGCACAGUGCUGUCUGCAGCUGUCAGAGCUCGCGCCCCUCCCCUCAGUGCGCACGCGCGGAGCCGCGCGGGGAGGGAAAUUUAAAAAACGGUUUUUGGGGCUCGAGCGCUUCGAGAGCAACGGCGGAGCUGAGAGAGACCGCGGACACAGAGCGGGAAAUGAUAGAAGGGGCUUUUCCAGAAAGGAUGGCAGGACUGAUGGAAACUUCAGCUCAGGACUAUAGGCUGUUGACCACAGAUCCGUCUCAGCUGAAUAAAGAUGAGCUCCCUGGUGACCUGCAGUCCCUGUCCUGGCUGACUUCAGUGGACGUCCCCCGGCUGCAGCAGAUCGGCCCGGGACGAUCAGACUUCAGCGCCUCGCUUCAGAACAGCAUGCUGGAGCAGCAGACAGCCCAACUAAAUAACAUGACUGUAGCAGCAGGAGGAGCAGCUUCCAUGAUCCACCUGCAGAGCAACAUGCAGCACAGCCCUCUGGGAAUGAACAGCAUGCCUCAGUUUUCUCCUGGGUUCCCGUGUCCGGCCUCUGUAUACCAGGCCUCUUCUCAGCAGGUGCUGACCUUUUCCCAGGCCAGCCAGCAGUGUUCUCCUGGAGGACUGUAUGCUGGUUACAGCAGUCAGAGCCUGUUCCCCCAGCAGCGUAUCCCUCCACACAGCCAAGACCUGCAGCCCAAGACCUUCCCUAAACCCAUCUACUCCUACAGUUGUCUGAUAGCGAUGGCUCUGAAGAACAGUAAAACAGGCAGCCUCCCCGUCAGCGAGAUCUACAGCUUCAUGAAAGAGCACUUUCCAUACUUUAAGACAGCUCCAGACGGCUGGAAGAACUCGGUGCGGCACAACCUGUCCCUGAAUAAGUGCUUUGAGAAGGUGGAGAAUAAGAUGAGCGGAUCCUCGCGGAAGGGCUGCCUGUGGGCUCUGAACCCCGCCAAGAUAGAUAAGAUGGAGGAGGAGAUGCAGAAAUGGAAACGCAAAGAUCUGCCAGCUAUCCGCCGCAGCAUGGCUAACCCAGAUGAAUUAGAUAAGCUGAUAACGGACCGGCCGGAGAGCUGCCGCAGGAAACCGCUGGACCCUGGAAUGACCCACAUACCCAGCUGCCCCCCGGGGGCGGCGCUGCCCAUCCCUGCCCAGCAGCUGCAGCCGCAGUCGGUCGUUACGCUGUCUCUGCCCUGUCUGCCCAUCCACCAGCAGCUCCAUCUGCAGCUCCACGGCCAGUCCCGCCUCGCCCCGGCGUCCCCCGCCCCGGCCCAGACCCCCCCGCUCCACACCGUACCAGACCUCGCCCACAGCCCCCUCCCCCAGCACCCCCCCGCCAAGCACCAGCACCCGGACCUCUACCCUGUCCACAACGACACCCAUUCAGAGGUCGACACCCUCGACCCCAGCAUCAUGGACUUCGCCCUGCAAGGAAACUUAUGGGACGAGAUGAAGGACGACAGCUUUAACCUGGACGCUCUGGGCGGGUUCAGUAACUCUCCUCUCCGUCUGUCCGACUGCGACCUGGAGACCAUGAAUCUGACGCCAGCGUCCAGCGCAGCCGCUCUCCCGUACUCAGACCUGCAGGUGACCAGCGUCUACACCUCCUACAGCUCACUGGACGGCCUCUCCAACCAGUACAUCAGCACACAGGGCUCCAGCAAACCCAUCAUCCUGCACUAGAGCUCCCUAAACACCAUCCAACAUCCAGCUUUACUCCAAAACAGCGGCCAUGAAUCACUGAGGCUUUUUUACUAAAGCCGCCGAGAAAAACACAGACGAGAUGAUUUAUCUGGACGGCUUUUAUCUGCAGUGAUGCAUCAUGGGAUCAGCACUACUUUGCCAGUGAGAUGGAGAUGGAAACUUUUAAAAAUUAAAAAAAAAUGAUGCAAAAAAAAGAAAAUGCGGAACUUUAAAUCUAUAAAGUCUGCUGUCAAUGGUUUCUAUAUGACUGAUGUACAUAAAGACCAUACAAACAUUACAAACUGAUUUUUUGAUAAAGAACAAAGAACAUUUUCCGUUUUUUCCCUGGAAGACUGGUGAUGUUUUUAUAUGCUAUAACUGUUAGCUGUAAUUUUCACUGGCAGAUCCAAACACAGCGAAUUACAAGCAUUAUAAGGAGUGUUAACAGUGCAUGGACGCUUUACAGCCUGCUCUAUAAGCGGGAUCAGCUGUUCCUAUUUUUCAGUGUUCGCAUGUUAGUGUUGUAAUUUGUUGUGUAGUUCGUGUGUCUUUUGUUUCAUUGUGAUAGAAGGUGAAUCAACUUUGUAAUUAUUGUUUAUUAUUUAUAUUUAUAAAUGAGAUUGGGGUACAAGUGACUUGGUUUAUUGUACAUAACUUAAAACUUUCAGGUUCUAA